CGCGCUCCCCGCCCCAGAGGGGUGGCGCGCGCUACGAAAACGCGUAUCAGUUUUUCCACUUAAAAUCUCCUACGUGACGCUUACUGAUGUCGCAAUUGAUUUUCAUUAAUGAUGCGUGUUUGUUUCUUUCGUGUUUUUUUUUUGCUUUUAAUGUUUCAUAAUAUCUCAAUGAAAUGAUUCACGCGUGAAUUGCAUAUUUAAAUUUUAAUUAAUUUAUAUAAUGAUUGAAAUAAUUUAAUUAAAGCAACCAAAUAAUUCUCAUUACUAUUUUUGGACCAGACAAACGUAUAUGCUGCUUACAGUUUCUUUUACCGUAAAUUAUAUACUAUAUAUUGUUUAUAAUACCAAAGAAAUAAAAACUUAAAAGUUAAACAUAUACAUAAUAAACAAGAGAUUAUAAUUAGUUUUACCAAUAAUUGUAGUCCUAAUAUAUUUAUUGUAAAAAAAUAUUAAUGAAUCAGGGAAAUGAACAACAUGAUACUUCUUUUAACACAGAUAAAAACACACAAAUCCAUCGUCACGAAAUACAACCUCUUCUUUGCAUUUAAAUAUAAACACGUAUGUCAUUUCCUUAAGUCAAUUAGGCACUAGACAUUUAGAAAACUGUUAACUAUUAACAUAAAACUACCAAGAGGAAGAAAUGUCCGUGACUUCAUCGGACUCACAAGCACCUAGUCAUGCGUAUUCCGAACGCACGCUUGCAUUGAUUAAGCCGGAAGCAUUCCAGGAUUCAGAAGCUAUUCAAGAUCAUAUAAGAAACAAUGGCUUCACUAUCCUAGCUAAGCGCGUAGUUCAACUAACACCGGAGCAAGCAGCGGAGCUUUACAGAGGUCACUACGGACGACAACACUUUCCUCAUUUAGUAGCUCAAAUGUCAUGCGGUCCGAUAGUGGUAUUGGUCUUAGCUGCCCGAGAUUGCAUUCAAAAAUGGCGUACCCUUAUGGGCCCGGCCAGGGUCGCCGAAGCUCAAGCAUACUGGCCAGAUAGUCUACGGGCAUGCUACGGUCGUCGCACUAAAUACGGAGAUUAUUUUAACGGUCUCCAUGGCAGCGAGAACCUCGCGGAGGCUGUGAGAGAAAUACAUUUCUUCUUUCCUAACAUGAUAGUCGGUCCUUUACUUCGGAAUUGGCAAAUAAACGAUUAUAUGCAGAAGUACAUUACUCCCACGCUGCUGCCUGGCCUCACGGCUCUGGCUCACGAGCGACCCGCUGAACCAAUAUUAUGGCUGGCAGAGUUUCUCCAACGUCACAAUCCCAAUGAACCGAAACUAGCCGAUAAGAUAAAUCAUCAGCGCGAACAACAGCGCUGCUACACUCCCGUGCCAUCUGAAGAGAGUAUUUUAAAGUAAAUAGAAAUGCGAAAGUGUAGUAACCGAGGUAUUGAGAAGACAAGAACUACAUAAAAGCUAUGUUUGUUACAAGAAUGAUUGACUUUAUAAAUCAUAUGAAAUUAAAAUCAAUAAAAAAGAACCACAUUAACCAUUUCAACAAA